AUGAAGCUGCUACUGGUAUUAAGUUUGUUGGCCGUGGGCACAUAUGGUUUUGCUGUGAAACAACAGAGGAGUUUCCCUUCUAACUUUCUGUUCGGCUGCGCAACUGCUGCCUACCAGAUUGAGGGUGCAUGGGAUGAAGAUGGCAAAGGUGAAAGUAUUUGGGACCAUUUAACACACAAUAAACCAUAUUAUAUCGCGGAUCAGAGCAACGGUGACAUCGCUGGUGACUCCUACCACAAAUAUAAGCGUGAUGUAGAAAUCAUGAGAGAGUUAGGUCUCGACGCCUACCGGUUAUCUCUCUCCUGGCCUAGAAUCCUUCCUACAGGCUUUGCCAACGAGGUUAAUCCUGCUGCCAUCGACUACUAUAACAAGCUAAUUAAUGAGAUGCUGAAAUACAAUAUCGUGCCUAUGGUUACGCUCUACCACUGGGAUCUGCCACAAAAACUCCAAGAGCUCGGAGGUUUCACCAACCCUCUAUUUCCUGAGUGGUUCGAAGAAUACGCAAGGGUCGUGUUUGAAAGCUUUGGAGAUAGGGUCAAACAUUGGAUUACUUUUAAUGAACCUAGAGAAGUGUGUGAAUUAGGCUAUGGUGACAUUGACAAGGCUCCUGCCUUGAAUUCGUCUGCAGUAGGCACGUACUUAUGCGCCAAACAUUUAGUUCUUGCUCACGCUAACGCAUACCACAUGUACAGCAAUGACUUCAAACCAACACAAGGUGGAACGUGUGGCAUCACCAUCCAUGUCGACUGGUUUGCACCUCUCACGGAUUCUGCAGAGGAUGAGUUAGCUGCCGAAGUCAGGAGACAGGGUUUUUUCGCUUUGUACGCUGACCCUAUAUUUUCUGCUGAUGGUGGGUUUCCUAAAGAAUUGUCACAAAGAAUUGCUCAAAAGAGCGCACAGCAAGGAUUCUCCAAGUCGCGUUUGCCGGAAUUCACAGAUGAGGAAAAAGCCUGGGUGCAUGGCGCAUCAGACUUUUUCGGUAUGAAUCAUUACACAAGUAACCUGAUUUCGGCUACAGGAAACAAAGAUUUUCCCGCUUUACCUUCUCUGAAAGAUGAUAUGGAUGUAGGCACUGUAAUGCCUAGUGAGUGGCUCGCAUCAGCUUCAGAUUGGCUGAAGAUGGCUCCAAAAAGUCUCUACAAUGCUUUAGUGGAUAUAAACCGAAGAUACAACAGUCCAAUAAUAUUCAUUACCGAAAACGGAUGGUCAACGACUGCGGAUGUUGGUCUGAUGGAUGACGAAAGAAUUGCAUACUACAGGGCAGCUUUAGAAGAUGUCUUGGACGCUAUGGAUGAAGGUGUUAAUGUGAAAGGGUACAUGGCCUGGAGUUUGAUAGACAACUUCGAAUGGAUGCGCGGUUAUUCUGAGCUGUUCGGCCUCUACCACGUAGACUUUGAAGAUCCAGAACGUACUCGCACUGCCAAGAAGUCAGCGUUCGUGUACAAGCACAUCGUCAAGAACCGCUACAUCGACUACGACUAUGAACCCGAGUCCAUGACUAUGACUAUUGAUGAGGGACAUUAA